UUUCUUUCUUUUCUUCUUCCUGUCUGUUUCAUAUUUCAUUGUCUUCAACUCUUCUUUUAUCUUAAAUUAUCUCAAAUUUUUCUGGCAAACGUUCAGAUUGAAUGCUUUCUCUAGUCAAAAAUGGAUGCACCCACAGUCCUCAAUCCCAUGCAAAAUGGGUCCAUCCAGGAGUCAGAAAAUUCAAACUUCGAUUUUUGUUUUCAGAUUUUUCAAACCCAAAAAUUUAUUUUAAAUUUUAUUUCUUCAACCUUGACUGAAGACCAAGGAUUUUUUUUUUUCAUUUUUUGGAGUUAAUGACAGUGGUGGUUCUUCUUCAAUCUUCCUCACUCUGACAAAAAGAAACAAAAAAGAAAAGGAAAUCACAAUUAAUGAGGUUUACUAUUCUUGGAUAUGCAAAUUUUUCUUCAAUCCAUUUGUCAGCGCUUUCAAUAUCGUCAGUUCCUCCAACUUCUGGGAGUUGAAACCAAGAAGAACUGCUUUUUGCUAUGGGAAUUUGCUUUGGAAAACCGGCAAAGUUGGCUAAUGCUUCUUCCACCCAGUUAGUUGGUACAGGAACAGAACCUGUAAAAACAAAAGCGGAUCCAAACUCGGGCAUUAAGAAUGGUUCUCUUCAACCAUUCAAUCUUGAUUCUACAAUUUCCACCAACCUCAAGUCCUUUAGUUUCAAUGAUUUAAAAAAUGCGACCAAAAAUUUCCAGCCUGAUAGUCUUCUUGGUGAGGGAGGGUUUGGAUAUGUCUUCAAAGGAUGGAUUGAUGAGAAUACAUUGGCUGCUACUAAACCAGGACAUGGGAAGGUUGUGGCUGUUAAAAAACUGAAGACAGAAAGCUUUCAAGGUCAUAAGGAAUGGCUUGCAGAGGUUAACUAUUUAGGUCAGCUUCAUCAUGAAAAUUUAGUGAAGCUUAUUGGAUAUUGCUCUGAAUCUGAUCAGAGACUUUUGGUCUAUGAUUUCAUGCCAAGGGGAAGCUUGGAAAACCAUCUAUUUAAGAAAGGAGUCCAAGUCAUGACUUGGGUUACUCGGAUUAAAAUCGCAGUGGAUGUUGCUCGGGGAUUAUGUUUCUUACAUAACUUAGAUGCCAAUGUCAUCUAUCGAGAUCUAAAAGCUUCAAACAUCCUACUUGAUUCGGACUUUACUGCAAAGCUUUCAGAUUUUGGCCUUGCAAGGGAUGGUCCAAGUGGAGAUAAAACACAUGUAUCCACUAGAGUAGUCGGAACUCAGGGUUAUGCUGCACCAGAAUAUAUUGCUACAGGUCGGCUGACUUCAAAGAGUGAUGUGUACAGCUUUGGAGUGAUUUUAUUAGAGUUGUUAUCAGGAAAAAGGGCAAUGGGCGACGAAAAUAUGGGAGGCAAUGAUGAAACCUUGGUAGAUUGGGCUAUACCAUUCCUCACAGACAGCAGAAUUACGCGGAUAAUGGAUACGAGGCUAGGCGGUCAAUACUCCAAGAAAUCUGCGCAAGCUGCAGCUGCUGUCGCAUUAUCGUGCCUGGACCCAGAUCCUAAGCAAAGACCCGUUAUGAAAAAGGUUCUGGAGGACCUCGAAGAAGCUCUAAUACCAAUAGACAGUCCUAAAUCUAUUGCCCGAGCUAAACGUCAAAAUGCUGUUUCCGGGCAAUCAGCUUAUUCCCAGAAAGGUGUAAAAUUGGGCUUAGAACCUAAAUAGCUUCUUAUGUUUCAUGUCUAAUAGGUCUUUAUACCUCUUGUACAGCAGAGAGAUGGCCGGGUUAAAUGUGAAGAAUGUUAGAAGAAAGUAGUGAACUGUAAAAAAAAUAAAAAUAAAAAAAAAAACCAUUAUUUUUUGAAUAUAGAAGUUUGUCAUGAUUACUUAAGUGAGUUGCGGUAGUUAUCUAUCUUUUUUAACAUGUGUAAAGCAGUUGCCAAGAAUGACACGUGACAUAAAGAUAAUUUUUGCAUUUAACAAC